CCCAGACGUUCGCAAGAACUUUGUACACCAUACCAUACCAUACCUUACCAAACCAAACCACCCACUUAUAUAUAUACUUAAUUGUAAACGGACGACCGAAUCGCACCCUUACUAACCAAGAGACUUCAUUCCUGGCCCUGGUUGCAAUCCUCGACAUGGAGACCAUGAUGACCCCCCAGGCCAUGGUUCCGGCCACCUUCUUCUACAACUCUGAUCCAAACUCGGAAAACCGCCAGCACAUGCACUUUGCCUCCCACCCGGGUAUGCAAGACAUGCACAUGUAUCCCGCUGUUCCUACGCUCGCCUCCACGCCCAUGUACUCUAGGCCGAGCCCGUCUUCUCAGCCGCUUAUGCUCUCCAAGGCUUUCAACCCGGCCCUACCUUCGACCAUGACUCCCAUGGUGUCUCCUAGGCCACACACGCAGAAGCCGACAAUCAUCCUGGAGACAGACAUCAGCGAUGCAGAGGGAUACCCAUCGACACCGCCACUGUCGUCGUCGUCCAGCGUCAUUAGUAGCCCGGGCAGCUGUGAUGUGCUGCAGACGCCCCUGAACCCCAUGUUCUCAGGCCUAGAUGGCGUUGAGGGCAAGGAGGUUUGUGUUGUUGAGGGGCUCGAGAGCUUCCCCAAUUUGGACUGGACCAGCUGCGCAUCACCACCAAUGACACCUGUCUAUCUCCAAUCCCAGCUACAGGCUGCCAAGACUGUCUCACUUAACUGCGAUAACACUGCAAGCGACCUCCUUUCUACGGUCUCCUGCCCGUCUCUCUCUCCCUCGCCCUCGCCGUAUGCGCGAUCUGUCGUCUCCGAAGACAUCGACUUUUGCGAUCCCCGGAACCUCACAGUCGGAAGUGUCAAUUCCACCCUCGCCCCCGAGUACUCGGCCCUGCCCACCCUGUGCUCAAGUGACGACGAGGACCACAAAUUUGAGCUCAAGGGUGACACAUUUGUCGAUGCGUCCACCUCUGCCAUUUCGCCAAGCUCGUCAUUUGAGUUCAACCCAGCAUUGCAUCACGGCCUCCCAUCCUUUGACGACUUUUCUGACCUGGAAUCUGAGGACGACUUUGUCAACGGGCUCGUCAACCUGAGUGACCAACCUGAAGUUGAGCCCAGCCGGUCGCGUGCAAGCUCCGACGCCGUUUCCCUCGGCCAAUCGAGCUACGUCUGCGACGACGAUCUUGAGGAUUUUGAGGACCCGGACGCUUUUGACACCAACGGUCUCCCAAGCCCACCCCAGUCGUGCCAGGACAGUGACGAGCAUAAGGACAAGCGAGUAAGGACCUGCAGCAACAACGACGAUCAUAAGCCCACCAUGAACGUCGCCGCCGCCGAGUCCUCAUCCGGCAACACGGAGCAGCAGACUUCGAACCAAGGCGACACCACCUCGGAACAAAAGGCCAACUCCAACUCGAGCUCGGAUGGCUCUGAUGAGAAUGGCGGUUCUAGCCAAAUGCCCACCCCGGCUAACCGCCGUGGUCGCAAGCAAUCUCUUACCGAGGAUCCCUCCAAGACCUUCGUCUGCGAACUCUGCAACCGCCGCUUCCGCCGCCAGGAGCACCUUAAGCGCCACUACCGGUCCCUCCACACCCAGGAGAAGCCGUUCGAGUGCCACGAGUGCGGCAAGAAAUUCUCGCGUUCGGACAACCUUGCCCAGCACUCGCGGACCCACGGGGCUGGCCACAUCGUCAUGAACCUGAUCAAUGACCCCGACUCCAUGGCUGGUUCCGGCGGCCACCAGCCGCCCUACAACCAUCCCAUGAUGGGAGGCGUUCCCGGUGGAGAGGACUACCAGAGCAUGGGCAAGGUUCUCUUCCAGGUAGCUUCCGAGCUCCCGGGCAGUGCGAGUGAGCUCUCUUCGGACGAGAGCUCCAGCGACCAGGACAAGAAGAAGCGGAAGCGAGCCGACUGAACGGCUCCCCAGCCAAAUCUCUGCUUCUUCUAGACUUCAAUUAACAAUGCCGAUGGUUCGCAUUGGAACGUCCCGUCGACAUUGGAUGCCCGGCAUGACCAUG